CAUCCCACCCUCCAAAGUGCAAUUUUAUAUCAACUUUUUGCAUCUCCAAAGAACCCUAACCAUGGCUUCCAAAUCUUCAGCCAUGUUCUUCAUCCUCUUAAUCUCCAUGGCCUUAUCAUUGCCUCCAAUUUACGCUUGUACUCCUUGCACCCAGCCCCACCCUCCUUACCCGCCCUACCACCGCCCUUCCCACCCUAAAAUUCCACAUCCAAAACCCCACCAUCCACCCCACCAUGGUGGAGGUGGAGGCGGAGGCGGCGGCGGUGGUGGCAGCCGUGGAGGAGGUGGUGGAGGUGGGGGAGGUGGUAGUCGAGGAGGUGGUGGCGGUGGAGGUGGAGGUGGAGGAGGAGGUCAUCAACACCCACCUAUUGUGAUUCCCCCACCAGUGAUCACCCCUUCACCACCAUCCACCACUUACCCUCCUUACACUGGCCCUCCUCCAAGCGGCGGAGGUGGUGGUGGUGGUGGAGGAGGAGGAGGCGGAGGAAGUGGUGGUUCAGGUUCAGGGCAAUACCCACCACCUCCAGCUCAACCAACAUGUCCAAUAGAUGCAUUGAAACUAGGGUUAUGUGUGGAUGUGCUUGGAGGGUUGGUGCAUAUUGGGUUAGGGAAUCCAGUGGAGAAUGCAUGCUGUCCAGUGCUUGGAGGGCUGUUGGAGCUUGAAGCAGCCAUAUGUCUAUGCACAACUUUAAGGAUUAAGCUUUUGAAUCUCAAUAUAUUCAUUCCUUUGGCCCUUCAAGCGCUCAUCACUUGUGGCAAGAACCCUCCGCCAGGCUUUGUUUGUCCUCCACUUUAGAAAUGUGUUAUGAGUUUGAAUGAUUGUUAGCUGUUGUUAAUGUUGUUGUAGGUUGUGUUUGAUGGGUUUUAAUUAACAACUUUUGGGUCUUUUUUGUAGCAUUGAUCCUUUGGUUUUUUGCUUUUGCAUGUCAUUGAUAUAAUUUCUCAUUUACUAAUGAGAUCAUGAUUUAGAACAUUUUCUGAUUA